UGUGAUUUAGCCAAAUUCAAUAUAAUUCUUUUCUUCUGUGAUGUUAAGGCCCUUGUGUGAUGCAGCGUAUUUCAUAGCACCGGUACUCAACUUUCUUUAGUCUUAUGUUAAACCGCAAUGUCCGCUGCAAUUCAAAUUGCAUAGGCCUAUGACGCCGACGGUAUUGUGACGACUUGUUUCUCAAAUCUUUUAGUGAAUAGUGACCAGCCCACCAGGUUUAACAAAGAAGUUAAGAAGCCUCUUGCCAAAGCGAGGAAUAAAAACAACCAAAUAUUCUGAGGCAAAGCUAGGAAUGGCUGCAGGAGAAAAUCAAGCAGAAGCCAUGCCUCCAUUUCCUUUAACGGAUUUACCGGAUGACCUCUUGGAGCUGGUUCUCUCCGAACUUUCCGGGCCCUACCUCAUUCAUGUUGCACAACUGGUUUGUAAAGAUUGGAAGUCCAUCAUCGACCGCCCGUCAAUAUGGAAGUUGAAAUGUCUACGCGAGUAUCCAAAUGUAUUCUUCAGCUUAGGAGGAGUGCCUGAGGAUAUGAGGACAUUCUAUUUCAAAAAUCCAUUAAAUAGGAAUCUUAUCAAGAAUGCCUACGCUAUGGAGGACAAGAAGCACUGGGAUGUUGAUGGAUACUGUGACUUUGAGAUUCAGACUUGUUUUCCCACCAAAGCUGCUGGCUCAGAUCUUUUGAAAAUACGGGGUUGGAAUGGAGGUGAGUUGAAGUGUUGGGCUACAUCCUACAUGUGGUGUGGAAAGAUGCAGAAAAUAGACCUGGUCAGUGAAGGAUGUUCAGAAUUCCUUUUGGAUGAGAUAAGGCCUGAUAUUGAUAUAUCGGAAUGGUAUGCUGGUCGGCACGACUGUGGUUGUACAUUUGUCUUAGAGGUGCAACUUCUUGGGGCUGAUGAAACUGUGAUUGACGACUUCAGUGGCGAGUGGGGUGUUGUCCAGUGGAAAGGAAGAGCCUGGCAUCAGGUGAGCCACAAAUUCACAGGAUACAAGCCGGGAGUGCGCUUCAUCAAAUACACACACAAAGGGAAAGACACUCAGUUCUGGGCUGGACAUUAUGGGCCAAAGUUCACUGGUGCUUCUGUCAGGUUCAACAUCAAGAAGUAGGAUAGCAAUAUUUGGAGAAUACUGCUGCUGGAUUUGUGUUCUAGACCGCAGGGUUGGCUCUGUGAAUUUUUAGCCCAUAGUAACAUGUGCGAGAAUGGCAUCCCGCCAGUACUGAGACUAGCCAAUCAACGAACGAUUCGAGGAACCCGUGACCGGAGACUCCAUGGCAAUGAAGCGAGCGGGAAACUAGCCGAUAAUGUAUGCGUAAGGCGACCAGCAGUGCCACCAAAGUCAAUGAGCGGCAACGGGUAGAACUACAAUGCAGACGAUAGCAACCACAUGUGAUAGCGCGGCCGCCCGCAAAUGAUAUUAUGAUAAAGUUUGACUGACUAACGAUCGUACCUUGGCACCUUGGCUUCAAUCAGAGUAAAAAAAUUUCUGUAACAGUGCUUGGCAUAGGCAGUUAAAGGCACACUGCAGGCAGGAGCCAGGUGGGUUGGAUCAAGUUUAACCAAGUGGGUGCUUGGUGUAUGUACUGUAUCAUGUAAUCAUUACUUCAUGGUCACUUUAGACAUGUAUACAUGAAGAUAUAAAAUAUAAUAUGCAUUGCAUGACAUUCCACAUCUAAUAAAA